UUGUGCGCGAAACACAAAUGUAAAUGAUGUGGAGCGCGGUGAUGAUAUCGGUGAUGUGUUCAAGAAGUCGAGAUGACAUUACUUCUAACGUAAAGAGAUGAGUUCCUUCAAACCAUUCUUUUGAUGAUCUGCAGUAUUUUCGACAAUGAGCAACAUCCAGAUAAACCGCUCCACGCGAUUCUGUUAUCGUUAUCGCUUUGUACUGUACGCAGCAUUGGCAAUUGUUGGUAUUCAGUGUUUAGUCGCGUGGAGUUUCUUGACUAUUGACAGUGAGGAACGAGCGGCAGAGUUACGGCGGCAAGCCCGUCGAGGAGAUGGUGGUCAUCAUAACCCAGAUGCGGCUUCUUUGAACAACAGAUUAGAAGUACAUGUAAGGGCUGAAGAGAAAACUAUAGAUGAUGGAAAGGAUCCCCCAGGACGAAUAAAAGAUGAACAACCACCUUCAUUGGAACUUCACAAACAAUUUGAUUAUCAAAGGACGAUAGUACCGAAGGUUGAACUGUCUCCCAAACAUGAAACAUUACCGCUUGACAGGAGGCGGAAUAGAGUGGGGUUGGGUAAGGGUGUGGGUAGGGGCAUGGCCGAGGGUGUGGUCAAGGGUGUGGUCAAGGGCGAGGCUGAAGGGAUAGGAAGGGAGCCUAUAGAUCAAGAAGUGUCAAAUCAACUCGGAAACAGUGCUCACAAAGCGAACCCCAUUCAUCAAGAAGCAGACAUCGUCACCAGCAACUCUUCGAAAUCACAGCGAUACCGCAGCAAGUUAGUUAAAGUUACACCAACGGGGAAUGCAACGCUCGUCCUGGAGUAUAUGUCCAAGUGCCCCAUUGAAAGCAAAGAUGCCAUAUCAGCACUGAGUCGUGCAAAAACAAAUGAAUGCAAACAGGAUAUUACCAACACGGUCUGUGCCACUUCUGAAAGAAACUUAUAUCCUCUUUCUUUGCCUCGCCAUUGUCCGUUUUCAGGGAAGUUUGCCAAUGAGAUAGAGAGCGAUGGUAACUUUAUGUCGAUGGAUCAGGAGAGGGCUAGAAUAGCUUAUGUACUGGUCGUCCAUGGUCGUGCACUCAGGCAAGUCAGGAGGCUGAUCAGACUUCUCUACCAUCGAGAUCAUUUCUUCUACAUCCAUGUUGAUCAGCGUUCAGAUUACCUCCACCGUGAGCUGAGUGCCAUCGCAGAGAAGUUCACCAAUAUCCGCAUUACACCGUGGCGCUAUGCAACUAUCUGGGGCGGAGCUAGUCUACUUCAGGUCUACGUUAGAGCUAUGGAGGAUCUGCUUCAAAUGAACGAUGUCAAAUGGGACUUCUUCAUCAAUCUCAGCGAGUCCGACUUUCCCAUCAGAACUAAUGAGCUCCUGGUUGGCUUUCUGUCAAAGAAUCGAAGAUACAACUUUCUUAAAUCUCAUGGUCGAGAUGAUAGCAGUCGAUUCAUUAAGAAGCAAGGAUUGGACCGAUUAUUUUAUGAAUGUGAUAACCACAUGUGGCGUAUCGGUGACAGGGAGCUACCUAAAGGCAUUCACAUGGAUGGUGGAUCAGACUGGAUUACUGUUAAUCACGAGUUCUCAAAAUACAUCGCGCAAGGCAAUGAUAGUCUGCUCAAUGGACUCAAACAAUUCUACAAAUAUACUCUUCUACCAGCUGAGUCUUUUUUCCACACGGUACUCCAGAACAGUAAACUGUGCAAUACUCUGGUGGAUAACAAUCUUAGAGUGACUAACUGGAAGAGAAAACUUGGUUGUCAAUGUCAAUAUAAAGAGAUUGUGGAUUGGUGUGGAUGCUCACCUAAUGACUUUAAACCAGCAGAUUUCUACAAAAUCAAAACGACGCGUCCAGCAUAUUUUGCCCGUAAAUUUGAGCCUGUCAUUAACCAAGAGGUGAUAAAUCAGCUCGAUACCUGGCUUUAUGGCAACUAUCCCGUCGGUACACCGGGUGUUGAUUUCUAUUGGCAGAACAGUUUCCACGAAGAGGAUACACGCACUCUGGCCUCAGAUGGAGAGAAAACUUUCUACCAUGCCAUUGUGAGACUUAUGGCCAAGUAUAUCAACAUAGCAGUCAAGGGGGGUUUGCAGGAGAAGGAAUGUAGGUUCAAAGUGAUGCCUCAACCUUACCAAGUCCACUAUCUAUUCCAACGUGACAAGUUUCAAGGACUGGUAGCAUCGGUCAAAGGUUAUGCAGAAAAUGGACAGUCAACUCUAAUGGAAGCAUGGUUAUCGCCUCAGAAACAAUACAGAGUAGUCAACGAAAUUGGCCCCUACAAGCGGCUUCUUAGUAUGGAGGUUGGACUGGUCUUUGAUCCCAAAGAGCGAGUCUUCCGCAAGUUUGAGGGGGUGAUUGGACCUCAUGAUGACCCAACAAUCUUCAUCAGAUGGAGUCUAGGAGAAGCUUUCACUGUAACCCUCACGUGGUUUGACCCUACCGAUCACAUCGCUGCAUCGUUUGAUACCGGCGUCGAGCACGAUAGGGAGGAAACACAUCACAAACCUGAGUUCCAUAAACCUUUACGUCCUGGUCGCUGGACCGUUAGACUACUCUUCAACUGGAUGAUCGUCACAGAAGUCGACUUUCUUGUUGUACCUCUUUCAAUUAAAAAUGGCAUUACAAUCAAAGGAGAAGGUGGUUAUCAAAUCAAUAAUGGUCCUCCGAAUAAUGCGUAUGUUUCCAAGGACUUCUCCGCCAUGCGCUACAUGUUUACGCUUCGUGACACGCCCGUGUUGCUGGCAGAAGCCAAUGAGAGAGCCCGUAAACAAGGCUCAGAGUUGUUGGAGUGGAUAGACUCUGAGAUAGAGCACUUUUGGAAUGUCAUGGCAUUCUGUACAUCUUAUCCAUCGCAACCAAUUAGAACAAAGAUGAGUGACUUUGAAGAAGACGAGGAGGCCGAGCAACAACAAUGCGAACAAUUUAGGCCGUGUGAACAACAGCAUUGGAGCUCCCUUUCUCCAGAUCCCAAAUCCGAGCUUGGGCUUAUAAAACCAAAUGGAAGGAUUAGAUGAUAUCACUGUAUAUUGCCGUUUCUAUGCUUGCCAAUACUUUUCUGCAGUACUUUUCACAGUCACAAAUCAUAAAUAUAUAUACAUUCUAUCAGAGAAACUGCAUAUCAACCCUUUUUUUAAAACUAGGUGUAGAAAUGAAAUAUGUGGAUUUAUAACAUGAUGAAGUGUCUUAUGUAUUGUGAUGUCUGUAAACUAGGUUGGAGUUGCAGAUAAGAAGUCUACAUCAUUACAUGUCUGUUUAUGUGUGAUCAACUGCAUACUCAUAAUCCAUCAUCAUGUUGAAACUCAGUUUCUUUCUUGAUAUUAUUUUCAAACUCCUCGUCUUCCAAAAGGACUCCAACUCAACCAAAUGUCGGAUUUAUAUUUUAUUAUUCCGUUGAUUACAGAAUUAUUUAAAUCCCUUAGAUGAAGUUCAGGCAUCCUCUGGAUCCAGUAGGCAAUGAGUUAAAUGUAAGGUUCAAUAGUGGGGUAGUUAAUGCUUUAGAUAUUUACGGCCAGGUCACACCGCCUUAGAAUUGUUGGAGCGGUCGUGGAGUGGAGAGAAAAAAAAUCAUCACCA